CUUUUGCAUUAAACAGGAUUAUAUUGGUAGCUGCAGCGGCGAGUGUACCAGCGAAAAGUCAUUUUUGAAUUUAAUCAGUGCCGAAUGUAAUGUACAGGUUGAUUAUUCUACUCGUUUUGUUGGUCGGAGUGUUGUACUCCUUACACUUACUGGUCCAGGAUUACCAGGCCUUGACUGCUGCUCCGAAGCUGCUCCGGUUUUUAUUUAAACGCGACCUUCGAUCGUCGCAGCACUUGCGGGGCAGUGUAAGAUGGCGCAGAAUACUACAGCACGAUCCUAUUCAAUGCGCUCGCUACCUUUAUUGCGAUCUUGGGGCGCGACCGCCGAACAAUAGCGUCGGGCGAGGCUUCGUGUACAUGCUCACGCUCAAACCACAUGAUGAAGACUUACAGUCACUAGAGUAUUUUCAAAUGGCCUAUCACCGCGGUCAAUUGGGAGGGCACGUGGGGUUUGUGGGACUCGACGAUCUGUACAUAUUGGAAGCAGAUCGUGGGUCCAAGGAUACUUUUAAGGCCCUACCAGACCAAGCGACUCAUCACAUUCUCUCACCCGACGUCCGAUCUCCGCUCGGGGUUAAAACCAGGUUGAGCGCGAUUCUAGAUAUCAACUAG